AUGGGAAUACUGUACUGGAUCCUUGGGAGUUGUGCAUGUGGGCAUGCUGUGGGAGGAGGGCAUGGGCAGCACAGACUAGGGAAGGGGCAGGAGGCAUACUGGGACAACGACCGGCGCCGCGGUCUUGAACCGCGGCGUCGAGAUGCGAAUCGAAGGGCCGAGGACGUCCAUUGGGACGUCCUCGGCGCGUUGAGGGUGUCGGGGAGGUGGUCGGACGGCGGGAUGGGGAAGUCGGAGGGCGGGAGACGGUGGAGGAGGAGGAGGAGAGAGGCGCCCACGCGGACGGCCGUAGGGCCGCCCGUUUUGAGUGUGGGGCGCGGGAGAUGGGCGAGGAGGGACAGGGGACACGCCCCGCCGCGUCUUCUAAGCGGCCGGGGCGUGCGGACGCGCUGUGGGAGGACGGGCGGGGCAGCGCGCAGGAGGACGGGGCACGGGGCUUACCGGGAGACACGGGCGCCGGGAUACGAAUCGGGAGGCCCAGGGCGUCCUUUGAGACGCCCUGGGCGCGUUGAGGGUGUCGGGGAGGAGGUCGGACGGCGGGACGGCGAGGUCGAGGGCGGCGAGGAGGUGGAGGAGGACGGUGGGCAGCUCGCGCGCGCGGACGGCCAUACGGCCGCCCGUUUUGAGCGCGGGGCGAGGGCGACGGGCGAGGAGGGACGAGGGACACGCCCCACCACGUCUUGUACGCGGUCGGGGCGUGCGGGCGUGCUGUGGGAGGAGGGACGGGGCAGCGCGCACGAGGGACGGGGCUGGGGGCUCACCAGCAGACGACAGGCGCCGGGAUACGAAUCGAAGGGCCCAGGGCGUCCUUUGGGACGCCCUGGGCGCGUUGAGGGUGUCGGGGAGGAGGUCAGACGGCGGGAUGGGGAAGUCGGAGGGCGGGAGACGGUGGAGGAGGAGGAGGAGAGAGGCGCCCGCGCGGACGGCCGUAGGGCCGCCUGUUUUGAGCGUGGGGCGCGGGAGAUGGGCGAGGAGGGACGGGGGACACGCCCCGCCGCGUCUUGUAAGCGGCCGGGGCGUGCGGACGCGCUGCGGGAGGACGGGCUGGGCAGCGCGCAGGAGGACGGGGCAAGGGCUUACCAGGAGACGACCGGCGCCGCGGUCUUGAACCAUGGCGCCGGGAUACGAAUCGAGGGGCCGAGGACGUCCAUUGGGACGACCCAGGGCAUCUUUUGGGAAGCUCUGGGCAUGCUGAGGUUGUUGGAGAGGCGGUUGGAUGAGAGGAUGGGGAAGGUACCUUCUUCUCAGUCAUCAUCCACCAUGUCUCUCAACCAUGACAUUAUUCACGCUGUCUGCACCCACCUUCCCCCCUCCUCUGUUGUCAAAGUUGCACAAACCUCCAAGACCAUGUACGAAGUUGCUAUGCGCCCAGCAUUGGCCACCGUCCACCUUCAAGAGUGGUACAACAAAAACAAAACCGAUGCUCUAGCAUGGGUGCAGUGGCUCGUUUCCAUCCAUCCCUACCUUCCCUAUCCUCCAUGCCACUACAUCAAGUCUCUUAUCACUCCUGAAAACCCCGAUCUCAUCCCCCAUUCAGUUCUCCAGAACCUCUUCAGCAGCUCACCAGGUCUCUCUGAGCUUGUGGUUCUCAACUCAGGAGAGAACCUCCACAUCAUCCACAUCUCCUUCAUUUCCAAGUUAACUACCCUCUCCUUGACCUCCCCGACUCUCCCCAGUGUUGCCACACUCACUCCCCUCCUCUCCGAACUUCCCCGUCUCUCCUCCCUGUCUGUGUCUCUCCAGGAUGGCACCAUCCCAUCCGACAUUACAGCUGAAGACUGGGGAUUCUUCAUUCCUUCAUCCUCUCCCUCUCCAAAGUCACCCAACUCUCUUCCCUAUCCUUGUCAGGAUAUAGGAGCGA